GGCAAGCAAGAUUUGCUGGGCGCUCUCUCGCUCGUAGACUCCAUCCGUACACAUUGUUGGCCACCAUGUGGAGGCUCAAGGUCGCCGAGGGGGACAGGGCAUCUCUGAAGACGUCCAACAACUUCCUCGGCCGGGCGGUCUGGGAGUUCGACCCCGACCUCGGCACGCCGGAGGAGCGCGCCGAGGUGGAGAGGGUGCGCCGGGAGUUCACCGAGCGCCGCUUCCAGAAGAGAGAGGCCUCCGACCUUCUCUUGCGCAUGCAGUAUGCAAAACAAAAACAUCUUCAGGUGGAUCCUCCACCCGCCAAGCUUGCAGAGAAUGUACAAGUCACAGAAGAGAUCAUACUAACAUCAUUGAGACGAGCUCUCGCUCAACAUUCUAGUCUGCAAGCAGAUGAUGGGCACUGGCCUGUAGAUUUCAGUGGCAUUUUGUUCAUUAUGCCUCUCUUGGUAUUUGCUCUAUAUAUCACUGGAUCACUCAAUACUGUCCUAUCGAAAGAACAUCGACGUGAGAUAUGUCGCUAUAUUUAUAACAUACAGAAUGCAGAUGGUGGUUGGGGUAAACAAGUGGUGGGACCGAGCACCAUGUUCGGCUCAUGCUUAAACUAUGUUACCUUAAGACUUCUUGGUGAGGAGAGCACACAUGACGCUUUGACCAAAGGACGCGAAUGGAUUUUAUCUCAUGGAAGUGCAGCUGCAAUACCACAAUGGGGAAAAAUAUGGCUCUCGAUGAUAGGCUUGUAUGAUUGGUCUGGAAAUAAUCCUAUAAUUCCUGAACUAUGGCUCGUCCCUCACUUCCUUCCAAUACAUCCAGGACGAUUUUGGGUCUUUACCCGCAUGGUUUAUUUGCCUAUGGCUUAUCUCUUUGGUAAGAAGUUUGUUGGACCAAUUACACCAACCAUAUUGGCAUUGAGAGAUGAGCUCUAUGGUGUACCAUACAAUGAGGUUGAUUGGAACAAAGCUCGUGAUAAUUGUGCUAAGGUGGACCUUAUCUAUCCACGGACAAUGGCACAAAAUCUUGUAUGGACUUGCCUUAAUAAAGUCGUGGAGCCAAUGCUGAAUUGCUGGCCAGUAAACAAGUUAAGACAUAUAACAUUGAAAAACAUCAUAAAGCAUAUCUACUAUGAAGAUGAAAUUAGUAAAUACAUAUGUGUAUGUCCAAUAAACAAGGCAUUAGAUAUGAUUUGUUGUUGGGCAGAAAAUCCAAAUUCAGAUGCAUUCAAGCAGCAUCUUCCAAGGAUAUAUGAUUUUUUAUGGCUUGCAGAAGAUGGAAUGAAGGCACAGGUGUAUGAUGGUUGUCCAGCCUGGGAGACCGCUUUCAUUGUCCAAGCCUAUUGCUCAACAGGUCUUGUUAAUGAGUUUAGUCCAACACUCCGUAAAGCUCAUGAAUUCAUUAAAUGUUCACAGAUCCGUGAAAAUCAUCCUGACUAUGAAGCUUACUACCGCCAUAGAUCCAAAGGUUCAUGGACUCUUUCAACAGCAGAUAAUGGGUGGAAUGUAUCUGAUUGUACUGCUGAAGCACUCAAGGCACUGUUAUUGCUAUCAAAGAUCUCUCCAGAUCUUGUUGGGGAUCCCAUAAAAGGAGAAAGUUUGUACGAUGCAGUGGAUUGCAUUCUCUCUUAUGUGAAUGAUGAUGGCACCUUUUCUACAUAUGAGCGUAAAAGAACCAGUCCUUUGUUGGAGGUUCUCAACCCUUCGGAGAGCUUUAUCAACAUUGUUGUCGACUAUCCAUCUGUUGAAUGCACUUCAUCAGUGCUCCAAGCUCUAAUUAUGUUCAAAGAGCUGGAUCCAGGAUACCGCAAAGAAGAGAUAGGAAAUUGCAUUAAAAGCACGUCCGAGUUUAUUGAGAAGGAACAACGGAAAGAUGGCUCCUGGUUUGGCAGUUGGGGUGUAUGUUUCACUUAUGGAAUAUUCUUUGCUGUAAAAGGAUUAACUGCUGCUGGAAGAACUUAUGAAAAUAGUUCCUCCAUCAGGAAAGCAUGCAGCUUUCUGUUGUCAAAGCAGCUACGUACAGGUGGAUGGGGUGAAACUUAUCUUUCUAGCGAAACUGAGUCGUACGUGGAGGCUAGUGGUCCUCAUGCAGUAAACACUGCUUGGGCAAUGUUGGCUUUAAUUUAUGGUGGGCAGGUGGAACGAGAUCCAACACCUCUAUAUCAUGCUGCAAAAGAAUUGAUCAAUAUGCAACUAGAGUCAGGCGACUUUCCCCAACAAGAACACGUUGGGUGCUUCAACAGUUCCCUAUACUUCAAUUACGGCAACUACCGGAACCUGUACCCGAUCUGGGCUCUUGGUGAAUUUCGCCAUCGGCUUCUUGCAAGAAAGAAUUGAAACCAAUAUUCUUGAAUCGUUACAUACUUACAUCCCUGCAACUAAGGGUAACUGAAUCUGCAAACAACAGUUGAAGCCGUGUAUAUCUUGCAUUUAUUCCAAAGGCAAGCAACUAAGAAACAAAAUCAGAUCCAUAGUAAAUGAAGUCUAGGAUCUGCAUAUACUUAACAAAGAAUCACAAAAUGUUUGGAAUUGCAGUUAUAUGUUAGUAACUGUGCUCUGUAUGGUUAUUUUCUGAUAGCGAAAAAUUGAUGUACAUCCUGCGUGAUAUGCCCUUCCCUAUCUGCAAAUAAAGCUGCCGUGCUUUCUCGUCUUUA